AUGGGAAAGGGGAGUAGCAGGCGGGUGAGGGCGUUCAAGCGGUGGAUGAAGCGGGAAGGGAUCGAAUGCAGCGACGCCCUGGACUUGAGGGACGAAGGAGUCGAAAUCGGAAUCAGCGUGAGAGCCCUAGCCCACCUCAAGGAAGGGGACGUGGUGGCCAGAAUACCAAAGCUCACGUGCCUCACCACCAGAACCACCGCCGCACGUGACAUUAUCGCAGCCGCCGCCGCCGCCGGUGAGGGCGAGGAGGAGUCUUGUUUAGGAGGGUUAGCAGGGCUGGCGGUGGCGCUGAUGUACGAGAGGAGCUUGGGAGAGCGUUCACGGUGGGCCCCAUACCUUGAGCUGUUGAGCAAAGAAGAAGAGUCGUUGCCUUUGGUUUGGAGCGCCGACGAGGUUGAGCGGCUGCUGGCAGGGACAGAGCUAGAGGGAACGGUCAAGGAAGACAAAGGUGUUAUGUGGAAGGAGUGGAAGGAGAGCAUUGAGCCCACGAUACUACUGCAAAUGCAUCCUUUGGAUGCGGCCGCCGUUGAAUUCGACCCGAGCUUCUUCGGAUUCGGAGACUACUUGGCGGCGAGGACGCUGAUAUCUUCUCGCUCUUUUCAGAUUGAUGAAUACCACGGAGUGGGAAUGGUUCCUUUGGCUGACCUGUUUAAUCAUAAAACGGGAGCUGAGGAUGUGCACUUAAUGACCUCUCCUCACAAAAGUGAAUCCAACACCACCCAAGAAAACAAUGAAUCUGAUACUACUAGUACUAGUAUUAGUGCCAUUCAUGAUGAUGAUAUGUCUGCUUCUAUUACUGUUGACGAGGGUGAGGAUGACGAUAGUGGAGGUGAGGGUGACAAUGGUGAUGGUGACGAUAGUGAGGGUGGUGAUGAUGAUGACAAUGAUGAUUAUGGUGAAGGUGACGGUGAUGGUGAUGGUGAUGGUGAUGACAGUGAUGAUGAUGAUUUGGAAAUGACUAUGGUGAAAGAUGUCAAACUGGGAGCUGAGGUCUUUAAUACAUACGGGUCAUUGGGUAAUGCUGCACUGCUUCACAGAUAUGGAUUUACAGAGCCAGAUAAUCCGUAUGACAUUGUCAAUAUCGACUUGGAACUGAUACUCCAGUGGAGUUCAUCCUUGUUUUCUGGCCAGCAUCGUAGAGCAAGGCUGUCCCUCUGGAAAAGAUUGGAUUGCUCUGGAUGUGUCACGCACAACUCUGAAUAUUUUGAGGUUUCAUUUAAUGGAGAACCUGAAAUUGAGAUGUUGGUUUUAUUGUACAUAAUGUUGUUACCACAUGAUGCAUAUUAUAAGAUGGAUCUUGCUCUAGCAACUGCAGGAAGUUCCAGUGAACCCAUGGACAUCAUUUUUUCCGAUAAAAGCAAAAAAUCAUGCCACAAAACUGGACUAUUGAGUGAGGACCUGUUGCUGACAAAAUCUCUUUGUAAUGCUCUUUUGUCCCUUGCAGAUAUGCGGGACAGCCUUUAUGGUACAAAUUCAAUAGAAGAUGAUAUAGAAGCAUUGGGCAGGUGUUGUUGCUUAAGUGACAAAAAGUUGUACCAUUCUUUGAUGCUUCGUAUCAGUGAGAGGAGGAUCCUUCAGAAGCUUAAAAUGUAUGCUGCUAAAGAAACCUCUGUAAGGAAGAAGUUGAAAAGAAAAUGA